AUGUCCAACCCCGGUCAAAUCUCGCCGCUACCACCAGUGACCCGGCAUAUCACCGGCCAUAAUGCCGCCGGCAAGGCGAUCGUACAGUCCUCCACGCCCGGCAAUUGGAAAUCGUAUGAAGAGAGCCAGAUGGCAUUCAAUGUGGUCUACACAACCUCCCAAUUCCCGGCAGACUUGAACCAGGACGCGGAUAUCGUCGCCCAUGACAAGGUCCAACAAUCCGGCAAACUAGGACUGGUCAAUCCCAAAGGUACCGUCUGCCGUAUUGUCGAUUUCGCCCCGAACAAUAAAUGUGUUGUCCACCGUACGCAGAGCCUUGACUACGGGAUCGUUUUGGAGGGCCAGGUGGAAAUGGUGGUGGAAGAGGGUGAUCCGGUGCGGAUGCAGCGUGGAGAUAUCGCUGUCCAGAGGGCCACAAUGCACGGCUGGCGCAACCCAAGUGAGACGGAGUGGGCACGCAUGGUGUUUGUUUUGCAGGAUUGCCAACCGCUCACAGUGGGCGGGGUGGAAAUGAAGGAGGAGUUGGGAAUCGCGACCGGCGUGCUCAAUCCGAGUGGGAAUGACCAGUAG